UGCCGUUUAAGCCGCGGCGGGCCCGAGCGUGGCGGUUGCUCGGCAGUUGGGGCCGUGAGGCGGAGGCGGCGGCUGCAGCGGCGGGACCCCCAUCCCCGGACGUCUUUCCCGGGGCAUUUCCAGCGGGGCUCCCGCCGGGCAUCCCCCCUCCGCCAGCUUCCCGGGGCCUCCCGAAGCCGUUCUUCCCCACCCGCGGAGAGUCGGACGCUCCGCAGGGUCGCGAUGAGCGUGAUGGACUGCCCUGCACGGAUCCCGUGCUGCAGAAGGCUGCCAACYCCCCGUGCCUGUUCCGGAUGUGCUGAUUCCCGCUCUCAAAGCCAGGGAGACUUCACUCCUCUCCCCUCAGUCAGUGAGCGCUUGGCCAGUCUCAAUCCCUCCCAGGAGCUGCUGGAACAUUACCGCAAGAAGAUUGCUGAUUUUGACGAGGAACAUGACGAGCUGAUAAAAAAGCUGGAGAAAUACAAACAAACAUAUGACGAUCAGCACCAAUUGCAAUGGGAAGUCCGUCACUUGGAAGAGGAGAUUGCGGAGCUGCAAAAGGCUUUGAGUGAUAUGCAAGUGUACCUCUUCCAGGAGAGGGAACAAGUCCUUCGGCUGUACUCGGAGAAUGACAGGCUGAAAAUCAGGGAACUGGAGGACAGAAAAAGAAUCCAACAACUCCUGGCUUUAGUGGGAACAGAUGAAGAAGUUACAUAUUUUCGUAAGGAGCCUCCACAAAAGGUUACUGUUAAGCAAAAGCCAGCAGAGUCCCAGGAACAGCAGGAUGAUGUCUCUAGUGCAGGUAUUGAGAGGUGCACUUCAAAACCAUCUGCAAAAGGGCAGAAACCAGAAGGUCCUGAGAGAUAUCCAAGAGAUGAUGAGACACUUCUACUACAGGUGAAGUCUCUGCAAGCUCAGAUAGAAGAACAGACACGAUUAGCUAAGGAACAGGUUGAGGCACUACUUGAGGACAGGCGGAUUCAGAUGGAGGAAUUUGAAGUCCGUCAUCAGAGGGACCAGGACAAGAUAAAAACUUUAACAGAGAAGCUCCAUAAGACUCAGAAUCUCUUAUACGAGAGUACCCGUGACUUUCUCCAGCUCAAGUUUGAUGCCAGAGCUAAUGAGAAAGCAUGGAUGGCAGAGAAGGACAGUCUGUUGAGAAAACUUGGCAAAGAUCUGGAUCAGCUUGUUUUCAGCACAGAGGCAGGAAAAAAGAAGCCCAGCGAGGUGAAGUUGUUUCAACCAAGUAAUGGAGCUUCAAAACCUUCCAGCAGAGAAAUAAAGUUACUGCAAGACAAGCUAAUGCAGGAGAAACAUCUGUCCCACAUGUACAGAGAGCAGUGUGUCUCCCUGGAAGGGGAGGUGGCUAGGAUGCGUGAGGAGAGAGAUGCUGGCAAAGAACUCUUUAAGGAACGCUCAGAAAAAAUGGGCAAGCGCCUGAAAGUCAUGACUCAGCGAUGUGAAUCCUUGGAAAAACGCCGUAGUAUGGAAGUCGAGGGCUUCAAGAAUGACAUUAAACAUCUUCAGCAGAAGCUGAAAGAUGUAGAGAAGCAGAUUUAUAAGGUAGCUCUGAAUUUGGCACCAGACCAAGAUCUUGCAAUUCUACGAGAGGUUCGCCAAGGAAACAAACUAACACGUAAGAUUCAAGGAGAACUAAAAGACUUGAAAACAAAAAUCUAUGGUUUAGAGAAUGAACUACGGAUCUGCUGAAGCUGAACAGGCAUCCUAAUUUAGGAAUGGGACAUUAUAGACUUGGAUAAUCAUAUGCAAGAACAGCCSAUACUUCUCUAUUUCCUGGCAUCCACUGACAGAACUUUAGAGGAAAUCUUCAGUUAAUGUCCUAACAGUACAUGAGCCAUCCCUAGUGUACCAGAUUAUAUUGCUGCUUGAGCUGAGAGAUAGCACCUGAUAAAACUGACUUUAAAAGUACAUGAUGACUGAUAUAACAAACAUGUGUGUGUGACUAUAUCUUCAUAUCUGCGGUCGGGAUCUGUGUUUGCUGUCCUUUGCCUUUAUCUGGGGCAUAUUAUAAGCCACUUACAUGGUUAUAAUGAAAUGAAUAAUCAUAGAAGGAUCUAGUUCAAGAUCUGAAUUUUGGCUGGCAUUUUCCUAUGUGAGAAGCAGCUUUUAAAAUAGUUUAUAUGAUUACUGUUUUGGUGCUUAGCACCUCAGGAUGUAACUGGAAAUUUUCAUAUAGAACAUCUGUACUUAAAUGUCUUAUGUCUGACUCCUGGACAGCAUAAUUGUUUCAAAAUGCCCCCCCUUUGCUUGGUUUUAAUCUAAAUAGAAUAAACCUAACUGAUAUAAUAUGGGAAAAGAUAACCCAUUAUAGAACUCAUCUGCAAGGAUGAGCAACAUGUAUACAAGUUCUGAAUGCUUGGUGGGGAGGGAGAUACUACACUGAUGAGGUUCUUUUCAUCCCCUCCCUCCCAGUUUUUUCACUACACAGAAGGAGCCUGUAAUAAGAGCGAUCACAUAUCUUCCUCAGUCACUGCAUUAUCUGUCUUUGUAGCUCUAAACAAUGUCUUGGUUAUGUGGACCACGAGAAAUCAUGGUUAGCUUUUCUACAGCAGUUGUUGCUACUGAAGGGUAACAAACUAGGGAGGAAGAGCAGGUCCCCAGUUGCUACGUGAGAACUAUAACUGUAGCUAUWUAAUGAUUCUCUAGCCAUAUGGUGAUUAUCUUCAUACCAGACAUCAUGACAUCAUAGUUCUAGAAAACAGAUGAAAUCAUGAAGAAUUAGAACAUGGGUUCAGCUCAGUUUAUAAUUGCAGGUAUUCAUGCUUUUAUUACAGCAUCAGCAAAUCUUGUCUACCUUGCAGCUUGAGAGCAGAUCUGUAGUAGGAAAAGGAUUUCAAUGCCUCUGUUUCCUGCUUUACCUUUUUAUACCUUGUUUCUGAAGUAWACACCAUAUAGGCUACUAGCACUUCCUUUYUCUUUGAGAACUUAGGGAUGAAARCAGGUAAUUUCUUUUGAGUGUGGGAGUCACUGUGCAGAUCCUCUUAAAGUGUUUCAUAGGUAUGUAUGGAAAAGAUGGAUGUUUUUGUGCUGUGAAGAUUURGAGAAGGAAGAAGUUYUUAAAGCAUYAGUUAAAUCAAUGCAGGAGGGGAAAUUCCCUUAUGACAGCAAUACCUACUUUAGUUGUCUUAACCUGUUUGUGACAAGAUUGCUGUCCCUUACAGUCCUGCACUGUGCCUUUAAUUCUGUAUGUGUUCUUGAUCACUGACUUCAGUGUGAGUGGCUGACAGUCUGUACCUGUGUGCUGAAGUACACUGCAGCUUGCAAGGGCCUGUUUUAAAGGAUGUUGCACUGAUUAGUUGAGCUGGAAGUGCUGAGCUGUUCACAAACUGGUUCAUGAACAGCUUGGGUGCCAACACAAUGUAGCCUUCCUUAUUUCAURUUAUCCAUCAUUUAGUCUCACUCUCUCCUAGCUGACUGGCACUUKCUUAGAGAAAUCAAGCUAAUUAAAGUGAGCUUGUAUGUGAAAUAACAUACUACUGGUUUGAAGAUAAAGUAUCAGUUAUUACAAGGCCUAAAAGGCUGUUUCUGAAAAUUGCUGCAUAAUUAAGUCUUAACCCCUGAUUCAGCAGGAUCCAUCUAU